GAUUUUUCGUGAAACAGUGAAUUUUCUGAAGGAAAUUAUUUUCACGAGUGAAUCCUAAAAAUAUUUAAAAAUGUUUGGUGGUGGACAACAGCCUAUUUUAGUUCUGAGCCAAAACACAAAACGUGAGUCCGGCCGGAAGGUUCAGCUCGAAAAUAUCAAUGCUGGGAAGACAAUAGCCGACGUUAUACGAACAUGCCUCGGACCGCAGGCUAUGUUGAAAAUGCUCAUGGACCCGAUGGGAGGCAUCGUGAUGACCAACGAUGGCAAUGCUAUCCUCAGGGAGAUCACAGUGCAGCACCCAGCGGCCAAAUCAAUGAUCGAAAUCGCCAGAACACAAGAUGAAGAGGUUGGCGAUGGAACCACAUCAGUAAUAGUUCUCGCUGGCGAGAUGUUGGCGGUGGCCGAGCAGUUCCUGGUACAGAACAUCCACCCCACAGUGAUCAUCCGCGAGUACAGACAGGCCCUUGAGGACGCGGUGAAGUUGUUGCAGGACAAAAUAUCUGUCCCAAUCGAUCUAAAUGACAGAGAAAAGUUGAGAGAAGUUAUCCGUUCAUGUGUAGGCACUAAGUACAUUGGCCGCUGGGCAGACUUAGCAGUGGACAUUGCGUUGGAUGCUGUCAACACUGUCACAAUCAAUGAAAAUGGCCGAGUUGAAGUUGAUAUCAAGAACUAUGCUAAAAUCGAGAAGAUCCCCGGUGGGUCCGUAGAAGAGUCGAAGGUGCUGAGCGGAGUGAUGAUCAACAAGGACGUCACGCACCCCAAGAUGCGGCGCUACAUCGAGAAUCCUCGCAUUGUACUGCUUGACUGUCCUCUCGAGUACAAGAAGGGAGAGAGCCAGACCAACAUCGAGAUUCUGGGUGAUCAGGACUUCACCAAGCUGCUGCAGCUGGAGGAGGAGCACGUGCAGAGACAGUGCGAGGACAUCAUCGCGCUGAAGCCCGACAUCGUGUUCACAGAGAAGGGCGUGUCCGACCUCGCGCAACACUACCUCGUCAAGGCCGGCAUCACUGCCAUCCGCAGACUGCGCAAAACCGACAACAACCGCCUGGCCCGCGCUUGCGGUGCUACCGUCGUGAACCGUACUGAGGAGCUGAAGGAAUCCGAUGUGGGCACGUUGGCCGGCCGCUUCGAGGUCAAGAAGAUCGGCGACGAGUACUUCACCUUCGUCACCGAGUGCAAGAACCCCAAGGCCUGCACAAUAUUGCUCCGUGGUGCUUCAAAGGAUGUUCUCAAUGAGAUUGAAAGGAAUCUUCAAGACGCUCUGCACGUCGCGAAAAAUCUGGUGUUGAGCCCGCGCCUGGUGUCGGGCGGCGGAGCGGUGGAGAUGGCGGUGUCGCAGGCGCUGACGGCUAACAGCGCGCACAAUACGCCCUACCGCGCUGUUGCGCAGGCGCUGGAGAUAAUUCCUCGUACGCUCGCCCAAAACUGCGGCGCCAACACGAUCCGCACGCUGACAGCUCUACGGGCCAAGCACGCGGCCGGCGGCGCCUGCUCCUUCGGCAUCGACGGCGACUCCGGGCAGAUCGUCGACAUGGCCAAAAUCGGCAUCUGGGAGCCGCUCGCCGUCAAGCUGCAGGUGUACAAGACAGCAGUGGAGACAGCCAUCCUGCUCCUCCGAAUCGACGACAUCGUCUCUGGCUCCAAGAAGAGAGGCGGCAACGAGCCCGCCGCGCCUGCGCAGCAAGCAAUGAUGCAGGAAUAGCCGCAUACUUACAUACAUAGUGUUCUCGAUAACUCACGCUAGCUUAUCACGGGCUCAUACUCACACUUACUGGGCACAAAAAUUCGUCUGUUAAUCGGUAAACUGGGUAUAUUUUUGAGUAACAUCGUCGCUUGCCUCUCUAACUGAAGUAUCUGACAUUUUUUUUCGAAACUGUGGGUCUAGACAAAGUGCAAAUUAUAAUCGCAAACCAGUCGAAAAGUGGUCGAAAAGCCCCUUUUUUGUAUGGAGUUUUGACGGGUUCGAUUUUCGAUUCGAUCAAAAAGUGCGUUUUGUCUAGGGGGGCUGAGUUAUCUAAACCAUCUUAAUCAGUUUUACAAGACGAAUCGAUCUGUCUAAUCGCCUGAAAAUUUUGCAAAAUGACAGUUACGUCAGCUAGAGAGGCAAGCGACGACAUGAAUGUGUGCUCAGUGAAGACACAUGCUGAUAUUAUUGAAGACUUCAGUACGGACUUCAUAACCAGGCUGAAAAGUUUGGCAAAAAGAUUCAACUUUCUUAUAUUGGAAGAUAUAAAGUACGCAGAUAUUGGAAAUACUGUAUCUUUGCAGUAUGCAAACGGAUUGCAUAAAGUUUCAGAGUUUGCAUUGAACGUUUUCGCUAGUGAGUGCGUUAAAAAAUUCUAUGAAGAUUUUAGUUCUUGAAAGUAUCCGCAAGGGGCGCUGCACAAUCUUAGCGAUGACGUUUCGUGUAAACUUGCACUAAGCACUCUGUUUGAUUAUUUUCUGUAUGUGACCCACUUUCUAGUUUACUUAUUAACAUUUCAAGUCCUGCUUUAAAUUCCAUAGCUUAUUAAAUGCAGUUUCAAGACGGUUAAAGUUAAGUUUUUAACUGUAAUAAUUUGUCGAUUAACAGAGUUUGACUAACGGUGCCCAGCUAUACUUAUUAUUGACACUAAAGACGCGACAAAAGCGUCUGCGCGAAAGUAACGCGACGCAAUUCAUAUUACGUACACGUUUCGGUACGAAAUAUUUUUAAACUUUCUUACUAUAAUUGUAUAAAUUUUAAAUUUAAUGCAACUUAUAUGUGGUAUGUUAUUGAAUAUAAUUAGGGAAGUCUGUUGCUCAUUUUUAACGGAAAAUCAUCGUAAAAAAUACUAACCAAAGACAGCGUAUAAAGUUUUUUGAUCACAUGUUUGGUGUGAUGAAGUUUAUACCGUUAUAAUUUCGAUAUUAGUGUCAAUUGUGAAACAUCACUGUAUUAACGAUAGAAAUGAGAAUUUUGCCCGUGAUUUUGUUUGUAUUACAGAGCCUUCUAUGAAAAUCGUUAGAUAUUUGCGCUGAAGACAUGACUGAAUAAUAAAUUAUUCUAGUUCUGACGUUGUUUUGCAAUAUCCAAGUAAAUUGACGUGGAUGUUGCUAAAGGGCUCACAAAUUAAAGAUUUAUUUUUUCAAUGUAUUAACCGCUUGAGUCCCAGACGGCAUUCAUUAAUGUCAUAACAAUUGAUUAUCUAUUGUGUCUAGAUUCGCGGGCCUUGAAGGAUUAAAUUGGCUUCAAAUGUCUUAAGUUUCCGAUUUUCUCGGCUCGAUUAAGCUUUGAAUAACUUUAAAGUGCUAACGUUGCCUUAUACCGUGAUGGUUUGUUCCGCGGAACUUCUUAUUUCCAUGUAUUAAGGUUUAGUUUAUUUAACUUUCUGUUAUUUAUACGGUCACACGUGUCUCGUCUUAUCUUCACAAGUUUGUGCAUUUAAGUUGUCGAAUGUUAUUUUAAAAUGGAACAAUAAUAGUAUUAAAGUUUUAUAUAUGUCUACUAAUA